UUGCAGCCCUAGGCAACCGUGUUAUAUAAGUCACCCAUUGGUCUCGAUUACUCUUUUUUCUUUAAAGAAAAAAAAAGAAGAAAAAAAAGCGGAUUUGAUAGCCUAGUUUGUUCCGUUUGCGACAGCAUGACAUCUCAAUUAAAUCCAUCAAUUAGGAACUGGUCAUGUGUAUAUACUCCUUAGUAAUCACAAACCAAACGAUUUACAAAUUUGAGCUUUUCUCAUGCUUCAAGUAUUAAAUCGUCUUCUCGGCAUCAAUUGAACUAACAACAGCACGAAAAGCGAUUCUUCGUGCUAUGAAACCCCAAAGGGUGGCUACUAAUGGGACAUGCACAAGACGUCGGUAUUAUACGCGCUUUUAGUUGCAUGCAGUAUCGCUGAUCUACUUUGUAGCGCUGAACUGCACUGGGAAGGCUGUGGCAGUUAUUCGGGUGUUGCUGUCAGAGAGACUGGGAUGGAAUAUUGUCAAAUUCGAAGUUGUACAUUUGAUACUCCAUCUCAAGGGAACCACCGCUCACCCCCUUCUCUCUCCUCCGUUGCACCUCUAACCACACCCAUCUACACACCUCUCAUUGCUCUAAACAAGCUACUUUGGAGCCUCGACUCCAUUCUAUACAAAAUACUACUUCUAUGUCUGCUGCGAGUAGUAUUCAGAUGUGGGAACCCUGUGGAACUGUACGUUGCGUUGGCUGCCUUAUUUCACUCGGGAACCCUGUCUCAAGCUGUGACUACUGGACCCAGUUCCACUACCACAGGAAGUCCGACGGAAUCUGCUUUCAUCAGCCAAUACAAAAGAGGUGAAUGCGAUGCCGGCUGGGUCCAAAUGAACUCUUCGUGCUACUAUCCCUCACGUGAAAAGAAAUCAUUUGAUCGCGCGCAAAGAGCGUGUAGCUAUCAUGCGGCCAGCCUCGUCACCAUAACGAGUCCAGAAGAGAACUCAUUAGUAUUCAACAUAGCACGUGACUUCUUGGUGACGCCAGAAGACACACCAGUCUGGAUAGGAAUGGAGCGUGCGCAGUUGAGCUCUACCUCACAGACCCUGCAGUGGACUGAUGGCACCCCCAUACAUUACACCAACUGGAUCAUCGGCGAGCCUGACUCCAACGGUGCAUGUGUACAGAUGAUCCUUAAUGGUUUAUGGGAGGACUCCUCUUGUUUGCAGACGCUUAUGUUUAUAUGUAAAAAGCCAAGCUCCUUCCCACCCCCAUACUCACGUAGCACUGAGCUCGCAGUGAUGGUCGGGAUACCUCUAUCAUUCGCGGUUAUUGUAAUUAGUGUGGUCAGCUUUCUCGUUCUCAAGAGCAUGCGCGAUGCAGAUGGGACAUUCUUCGGGUACGGAAAAAACCGAAAUAAGGAACGCAUGCACGCCGCUAUCGUUGACGUCACAGCUAGUGUUGCCCAUAUAAGGGCACAACGUGGCUUUAAUGCAGAAGAUUACCAGUCCCCCUCUAAAUCUAGCACGAAAUCGAGGUCGCAUUCAAUUGCUUCAUCACAGAACAAUAACCACACGAAUCCAAAGCCUGGAACGAGUAGUGACCGGUCUCCAGAUAUUUCCCCGGGUUCACCGGAGAGGAGGGAAUUCGCUCAGGUGACUGGGCCGAGGAUUGAAAUAGAGGAAGACCCAGAGCGGAUCGAGAUUCAGAUUUGCGCUUCCUCGACUAGCAUCGAACAGGAUCCAAGCAGGUUUCAAUCCACCACGAGUCUUGAUUACUUAGUAUCUAAAUCCUUUAUCACGCCGAAGACGAGAAAAUUGAAGGGAAUACAAAAACUCGAGGCCACGGUCCGUCCCGCGGGAAAGCACGGGAUUUACAGAAAAAAAGACAGUUUUAACCGAGGCAGCUUUACUAAAGGCAGCUCUAAGAAACCCAGUUUAACAUGAGUCGGAUUUCUAGGAAGAGGACAAGGGUACCGUACGUUGAGUUUUUAGGAAAAUGAAAAUGACACAGCUUCGCUGAUGCCAAUGCAAAAAGCACCUUUGUUAAAAUUUUACUUGCGUCCAUAAUUGUCAUCAAGCUCGGUGAAUACUUCUUAGAAAUUAUAACUCUAAAGCAAGGGCAAAAAGCUUUAAUGUUUUCUGAUCGAUUCAAUAUUUAGUGCAAUCUGCGCCAAUAGCACAUCAUCCAUUUGUAGAACCUGUAAAUAGAUAAUUGAAAUUUUUAUAGCAAUAGAACUUUUCCAAUUACCUUGUAUAUAUUUUUCAAAUAAACCACUAAAUCGA